GCUAUUCUGCCACUCCCUGAGAAUGUCGUCGCGCAAAUCAAAUCUUCCACUACAAUCACCAGCCUUAAUCAGGUAGUCCUUGGCUUACUCGAAAACUCCUUGGAUGCACAGGCCACAAAAAUCGACAUCGUUAUCGACUAUGGUCGAGGCGGUUGUACAGUCGAAGACAAUGGCAUUGGUAUCUUACCCUCGGAAUAUCGCGCCACCGGUGGACUCGGUCGCUUGUAUCACACAUCCAAACAAAGAGCGCAAGCGAAUAUUCAUGGAGGUCAAGGAACAUUUCUGGCCUCGGUCGGAGCCCUCUCGCUUCUCACUAUUACAUCCCGGCAUGCCCAACACUACUCUCAUAACACCCUGAUCUUGCAUCGAUCAAAAGUCAUAUCCAGGUUGACUCCUACACUGCCUCAGCACGAAAUUCGUAGUAACACUGGCUAUGGCACGCGCGUGUCUGUCAGAGACCUUUUCGGCAACAUGCCUGUGAGAGUCAAGCAGCGAGCAAUCGUUGCAGAAGAAGGACUUGAAGCAGAGAGACAGUGGCAAGCUCUAAAGAUUGGAGUAGUGGGCUUGCUUCUACCAUGGAACCAUCGCGUUGCCGUCAAAGUCACAGACUCAGAGAAUCCGGCAAGGACUUUUUCUCUCAAUAAUGGAGCACAAUUUAUACCAAAUGCUCUUAGUGAGAGAAAUCUGAACACUUUGAACAAAAAAGUAUCAGGUUUUGACCAAGGUACUGUCUUGAGUAUUUUGUCUCAAUCGGGUAUCAUAUCGACCGAUUCCAAGGGUAGCUGGAUACCCGUAUCUGCAUCAACUUCCUCUGUUACCGUCAAAGGUCUCAUCUCACUUGAGCCAGCACCUAGUAGGAUCGCUCAAUUCAUGUCCAUCGGUAUCAUCCCUUGCUUGGAUGAAACCAGGCAUAACGAGCUUUAUGAGACCAUUAAUCGACUUUUUAGUCAGUCCAUUUUUGGCCACAUAGACGAAGGCUCUGAGCUUGAUGAAGCAGAGAUGAAACGUCGACAGCACGACCGCCGAUACAAGAACGAUGGUAUCACAAACAAGCAACUUCAAGGAGGCAGAAAGGGAGUAGAUCGUUGGCCAAGGUUCUACUUUCGUAUAGAUCUGAAAUCCGACGAGAGUCCACGACAUGUGGAUGACCUCAGCGAAAUGCGGCUCAGAAGCAUCGUCAAUGUUCUUAAAAGCUUGACCUUACAUUGGUUGGAAAUCAACAACUUCCAGCCAAAGAAGCUACGACGCAAACGAAAGCAGACUACAGACGAUAGUGGCCUGGCAAGUCUUACGACCUGCGAAGGUCCAUCGCCAAUCCUCAAUAGCCAGACCACAACCGCUUCCCUGCAGCCUGCAAGCGGUGGCAGACCUCGCGCCGCGAGUCCCAGUGACAUCCCGAGUACAGAUCUACGGAGCUCUAAGAGGCUACGAUCCACAAGCAUAACGAAUGCUACAAGACCAACGAUGCCCUUUACAGACUGGAGCCGAAUCAAGAGUGCUCGACCACAAAUGUACGACAGCAUAUGGAAUUGCAAGGCACGAACAUCUACGCGGCCCACCUCAAGCGGUUCGAUCGAACAGGCGACAAGCCCAAUGUCAAAAACGCCUGCUGGGAUCAACGUUGAAGCUGUUGACACCAAUCAGUUUGGACUCCUACAUAUCAACUCGCAUGAGACGACAGCGAUGCAAACACCAGAUCAUGUUGAGGAUACUCCUCACUUAGACCAAUCUGGAGAGACUUACAUCGACUGGAUCGAUCCGAAAACAAAUCAGAAGCAUCGCAUCAAUGCGCGUACGGGCAUAGUGAUGCCAGACGAAGUGUAUCGACCAACUUCCAGCCACGCAACCACAAGUAGAUCUGCUGCUGCUGCUAAUGCACGCUUCGGUUUACCGUCCACACUUGAUGCAGCUUCGAAUGCCGCAACCUCCUCUCCCUGGCUUGAAGGAUUCUUGCAAACUUGGAAGAACCCAGUCUUCGAGACCCAAGCUGAACAACCAAUACCGAAGAUCAGUCUUGGUGGGCUCGAACAGGAAGGGGUCCGAUCGCAUGACUGCCAUGGGCGGCAUGCCGUGGCUGACUCAUUUCCGUUUGCUGGAUCAAGUGAUGUUAGUAGACUGUCAAAAUCCGCAUUGUCGUAUGCACAAAUCAUCUCGCAAGUUGACAACAAGUUCAUUUUGAUGAAAAUUCCGAGUCUGGCAAAGUCCAAGUCACAAGAGCUUAAUCAUGCCAGGCAACUGCUGGUAUUGGUGGACCAACACGCGGCAUCCGAACGUUGUAUCCUUGAAGCACUGCUCAAAGAACUGUGCAGACCGGCUCCAGAACUCGCCCUAGUCAAAUCAAAUCUUGGCUUCACAUCAAGUAUCAUCACAAAUCCAGUCAACAAGCCACUAAGCUUUCAAAUACCAACACAAGAAGAAGCUAUGUUCAGAACUCAUGCGAAACACUUUGCAAACUGGGGCAUCCUCUACGACAUCAUCUCACACAAACCACAACCUCCGCGCCUAAACAUCUUGACUUUACCACCAGGAAUAUCCGAACGCUGCAGAACCGAACCAAGACUACUCAUCGAACUCCUCCGCGGCGAGAUAUACACACUUGUCGAGAGCAGUAACACUCGCACCCGCACCCUCGACCCUGCAAAUGCAGACACGAAUCACACAUGGUUGCAACGCAUAGGUUCCUGUCCCAAAGGCCUCCUUCGACUUCUAAACUCUCGCGCCUGUAGAAGCGCAAUCAUGUUCAACGAUGUGUUGACUCUGCAGCAAUGUCAGAGACUUAUCGAGGAAGUCGCAACAUGUGCAUUUCCGUUCAUGUGUGCGCAUGGGAGGAAUAGUAUGGUUCCGUUGGUGUAUCUUGACGAUGGUGAGAGCGACACGCAAGAGAGUCUUGGUGGGUUUGAUGGGAAGGGAGAAGAGCAAAAGGAAAAGGAAGGGUUUGGGAGUGCUUAUAGGAAAUGGAGGAAA